AUGGUUUCGUGGGAUAAAGGACAAUGGGGUUUGAGUUGGCUGAAUUUUUAUUGGAUUCAAAUUUGGACACCAAAUAUUGUCCAAAUCAAUGGGGGAUCCACUUCAAAUCCAGGACAAGUUACAAGCAAAGUCUUGGCGGCUAAUUACACCGGUCAAAUCUAUCUAUGGUCAGAUUUCUCUUUCACAACACCAUUCAGAUUCCAAUACGAAGACUAUCCAAAUGAUGUUCAACGAGUUUGUUAUAAAUUUGAUGACAAACGUCUUUUGGCAGUACAUUUUACGGUUGCUGAUGGAGUUAAGAAUAAGGAAAGAGAAGCAACCACAGAUCCUUUCGUUUCUGGAUGGAAAAUUGAUGAUGUUGAUGUUAUUGUAAGUAGUUUUCCCUGAAUUUUGAAAAAAAUUUCAAAAUCCAGGCGAUUAGUCAUAAAGAUCAAAAGGAGAAAAAUGGAGUGGCAAGUUUCCCAAAGCUUUUUUAGCGUAGCAACUAAUUUAGCUUACUUAGCUUGGCUUUAAUUUUAAUUAUAGAUAAUCACCCAAAAAAUAAACUUUCCAGGAAUCCCCAUACACCGUCGAACAACUCUCCGAUCCUCGCCGUAAUCCAUUCGAUGUUCAAGCCGACAAUUGUGAACUCUGCAUUUCGCUUCGUCGGAACGCCGUGUAUUUCACAUCGGAGAUGUUGCUUCCUGCGCUGAUCACGUCACUUUUCACAUUGGCUGCUGUGUUCUUCCAACUUUCGAAAACCCAGCCGAUUCUUUUGGGAUUCUCGGUUGUUGCGCAGAUUUUGUCAUUGAUUUUGGUAUCGCAGCGAUUGCCAUCGUUCACAGCGCACACUCCAACUAUUCGUGAGUUUUUUUUUUGGGGGGGGGGGGUUUGAAGCGUCUGCCGAACUGCCAGGGUUCGGCCGGCAGGUAACUUUGGCUGGCCUGACCUGGGCGUGUACCCGGCAUUUUUAAAAAUCAAAAAAAAUCCUACGACGGCCAGGUCGCGUGUACAUGCCUAGGCCAUGCCAGCCAAAACUGCCCGCCGCAAGCAUGCCUGAUUUUCUCUGUGUGAGGUCGAACCCUGGCUUUGCAAAAAUGCAGGCAGGCCUGUAGUGGAGCGGUUAACUAACUUUAGGUGCAUUUUUUAAGGUAGGGGUUUAACUUUUAAAAAUAUUGAGGUUUUUCAGGCUUUUAUGGGUAAAAAAUCAGCAAAACUUAAGUUAGGUUAGGGGGGGGUUGCUUUUCGAAAAUUUUACCUGGAAGGGGGUUAACUCAGGGGUCCUCGGAGCCCCAACCAAAUUUCAUUUUCCAGUCAAAUUCGCCGGUUUCAACAUGACAUGGACGGCAAUUUUAUUCGUCGUAUCCCUCGUUCUCGAACGUAUGGCCACUUCAAGUGUCGAUAUUCCACCGCCACACGCAGUUUCGCAAUUUGCCGGUGUCGUCAAUGCGGUUCUUCCUAUUCCAAAGGUAUACUAAUGAUUGAAAUGGGCAUAGGGGGCCACCAGGGCCUGACAUAAGGCCCACCAGGGGUGGGAAACCUGGCCUCGUGUUGGCUUUGGUGGUGACUAACCUGGCUAACUGUCAUGACAUUUUCCCCACCCAUAAGGCCCAUAAUCCGGGCCCCAUAUCUCAAUAUUGUAUUUCUUACAGAACUCCAAACACGAGGACAACAGUCUGCAAUAUGCCGCUUUUGCACACGCACUUAAUCAUGUCAUUUUCGCAUUAUCAGCGAUUCUAUACUUCAUUGUUAUUUUGUUCUCAUUUGUCUUUUAG